ACUAAUCGAGAUUUGGUACGUAUUCAUCAUUUCUUUAUCGCUAGGAGUCUGUUUGCGUUUGGCUGAUGGAGUUCCUUAGUGGAAUAGGGAGUGGGAUUAUAAACACCCUCUGGAAACCAGCUUUUGAAGAGAUUAAGCACCUAACCAGUUUGGGUGAUGAUUCCGAACGUCUCCACCAGCAGAUAGAUCGUGUGAAGGGCAUAGUCAAUGAUAUCAACAGUCGGUUAAAGAGGCAAGCUUGAGAGCCUUUGCCAGCCGUGAGGAAUUGGCUUAACACACAAGAACGAAUCCUCAAAUCUGCUCAAGAGGUGUUUGGCCAGUACGAACAAAAUAAGCAGCGUCGCUUGUGUUGGUGCUGCCCUCACUGUAUCCUUAUCCCAAAAUCCAGUCGAAAAACCCGUAAAUCUCUAGCGGAGAUAGAUGAUCUUCUGAAGAUGAAAGAUUUAGAUUUUCCCAAGAAUGGGGAGCUGGGAGAGCCUCUCGUGACGCUGGUGCAUCCCACGGAUAGCGAAUUGGUCGGAAAAUUCGUUCACGAGAAGCUGUUGGAGCUCCAGACAUGGCUGCUGGAAGAUAACUCUGUUCGUGUCGUUGGUGUCUAUGGAAUGCCUGGCGUUGGAAAGACGGCUGUGCUCAAGCAAAUCAACAACAAUGAGAAAGUAGUCAAAUUCUUUAAGCCAGUGAUUUGGGUUACUGUGUCCGGAGACUCGGAUAUAUCUGCUCUGCAGAGGCGCAUUUGUGAGAGAAUUGAAUUGCCUUGGCAAUCCGGUUGCAGCAUUGACGAGGCCGCAGGGAUGCUGCAUUCGGUUUUCAAGGAGAGGCGACUGCUGCUCAUUUUGGACGAUGUGUGGAAAAGUAUAGAUGUUUCCAAUUUGGGAAUUUCUCUUUCUGAUAAUAAAACAGAAGUGGUACUGACUUCCAGGGAUAAAGAGGUGUGCAAGGGCAUGAAAGCAGACAGGAUGAUUGGAAUGAAACAUCUGUCGGACGAAGAAGGUUGGGAGCUUUUCUGCAGAGGAGCCUUUGUAGCUGGCAAGGAUCAGAAUAUGGAUAUCGAGAUAGAGCACUUUGCGAGAAGUAUUGCAAAGGAGUGUAAAGGGCAUCCUCUGGCCAUUAAGACGCUUGCUCGGACAAUGCCGCAGCUUCAAGACAGUAGAGCGUCUGAAUGGAAAUAUAUUCUGAAUCAGCUAAAGGCGAUUGAUCCCCUGUUUUAUCGCAUUCAUCAAGAGAUUCUGAGGGACUUAUUCAAUCCGCUGAAGCACAGCUACGAUGCUCUGCAAACAGAUGAGCUCAAGCUUUGUUUCCUGUACUUGGCCGCUUACAGAGAAGACGAGGCAAUCGAUGCGGAUCAAUUGAUAGAAUUGUGGUUGGCAGAGGGCCUGGUGAAAAGCAGAGAGGACGGGCGCCACGGUUUUCUCAAGACCUUGGCGAGCCGAUGUUUGGUUGAGAUUGAGGUUAAAGAGGAAAGCGGCCUUGAAAUUUGUGAAGUGAAAAUCCACGAUGUGCUCAGAGAUAUGGCGGUACACAUCGCUGAGAUCGACCAGAAUACCCUGUUCCGUGCAGGUCAGAGUCUAACGGAGUUUCCAAAGUCUGCAAGCGCAACAUCGGUGAGGAUAUCUCUGAUGCAUAACCGUAUCAGAUUCCUGCCUGAAACUUUUGAUUGCGCGAACUUGUUGACUCUGUUUUUGAGCUGGAACACAGUUGAGGAGGUUCCAGAGGGCUUUCUGGAGAAGCUGAAUAUGUUAAAGGUGCUUGAUCUCAGCAACACGCCCAUCAAAUCCUUGCCAAAGUCCAUCGACAGAAUGAAGCAUCUCCUCUAUCUGCAGCUUUCAAAUACCCAGAUUAAGGUAAUCCCUCGUCAAAUAUUUGAGCUGAGUACAGUGCAGGUCUUAGAUCUGUCUUUCUCCCCUCUUAAGAGUAUUCCGUCCAUGAUAAACAAGUUGAAAAGUCUCCAAAUUCUUAAGUUAGCCCACUGUUAUGAUUUGGAGUUUGUUUCAUGCGAAAUUUCAAAGCUCACUGGUUUGGAAGAGCUUGACAUGUGGCAAUCGACAACAUUUGCAUAUUCAGAGGAGGAGAGAAAAGGAGGAGAAUUAAGGGAGGCUUCCUUGCAAGACGUAUGCAAACUCCAUCGUCUGAAGCGUUUGCGCCUAACCCUAAAAUCCCCAAUUAAGGAGAGAACAGUGGGCAACCUUGUGGAGCUUCAAGAACUUUGGCUACUUUGGAGACCUGAAGUCCGUCAAACACAUUUACCCACUGACAUGCUGGCCAUGCACAACCUGGAGAGGCUCCACCUGUAUGACUGUGACAUUGAGGAAACCCCUGAUUUAUUCUCAGGAUUAAAAAAUCUCAAGUACAUAAAGCUGAACUCUUCACAAAUACUGCUCACUCUUUCCGGAUUAGGGUUAGGCGGGUUAUCAUGUUUGAAGGAAAUAGAGGUUGAGAAAUGCCUUCAGCUCAAGGAGUUGGGAGAAGAUUUUGCAAGGAAAGGCUGCUUUCCAAAUCUGCGCAAGCUCAAACUGUGGACGUUACCUUCUGUGGAGAGGCUGUGUACUUCUGUCGAAGAAGGGGCUCUCCCUAUGUUGCAGGCUUUGGCUAUGUUUCGCUGCAUGAAAGUUAAAGCACUGCCAUUGGGUUUUGAUAAACUCAACUCUCUGAGACAGAUCAGAGGAGAUAAGGAAUGGUGGAAUGAAAUACGCUGGGAAAAUGAAGAAAUGAAGAAACAUCUUCAGGCAAGGUACGUGGAAAUCCUGGAAAACCCUUUGAUAAAUACAAGCAGUUCUCUCAUUCCCUCUAAUUGCUGUCCACGCAUGUAUAAGCUGUUAGACAUCCUUCCCACAAGCUCCCCACUGGCGCUCUCUCCACGGGCUCCCCACCCCAUGGGCCCUCCCUACUCUUUCCCCUAUGCUCACAUGUAUCCACGGGGCUUGUGCCACCACCGCAUGGCUUCCCUGCCAUCAGUGAUGUGGCAGUCCCCUCUCGUAGACCCCUGCUCACUCAUCCAACGCAGGCAGAGAAAGACGUCUCUGCGGACCCUAUCUCCCACGACUUGCCUGAACCCAAUGUGGACAAAAAUCCACAGGUCGUUGAUUGCCCCUGUAGACAGGGAAAUUAGCAAUGAAACUACCGGGCGAAUUAACACUGGGCAUGAUAUCUACUCGCAUAAACAAAGAUCACUUAAAUUGAAUAAUUCUACUACUGCAGCAGAGAGUCAAUUGAGGAAAUCAACCAGACAGAGGCGACCUCCUGCAAAGUUCUCCAACUAUGAUUUAUUGUUUUGUGAAGAAGAUGAACCUACCUUGCUAAUCUCUGAUCAAACAAAGCCUACAACAUACAAAGAAGCUUGUAAAAAUGCAGAUUGUGAUAACUGGCACGCUGCAAUGUGCGAAGAAAUGGAUGCACUAUUGCAAAAUGAGACAUGGGAUUUGGAGACUGUUUGCGUUUGGCAGAUGGAAGCCGCCAUUAUUCAACUAGUUAGCGAGGCUAUACCCAGUUUCAUCAAAACAUUUGUGAAAGAGAUUAAGCACCUAAUCAAUUUGCCCAACGAUGCCAAAUACCUCCGCGAAAAGCUUGAUCGUGUGAAGAGCAUAGUAGAUGAUAUCAACAAUCAGCUAAGGACGCAAGGUCGACAGCCUUUGUCAGUCGUGAAGAAUUGGCUCAACACACAAGAGCCAAUCGUUAAAUCCGCUGAAGAGGUGUUUCGCCAGUACGAAGAAAACAAGCACCAUCGCUUGUGUUGCUGCUGCCCUAACUGUUGCUUUCUCCGAAGAUCCAGUGGAAAAAUCCUGAAGUCUAUUAAGGAGAUAGAUGGGCUUCUGAAGACAAAGGAGUCAGAUUUUCCCAAGAAUGGAGAUCUGGGAGAGCCUCUGAAGACGCUGGCGCAGCCCAUGGAGAACGAGCUGGUGGGCACAUAUGCUCAGGAGAAGCUGUUGGAGUUGAAGACGUGGCUACUGGACGAUCAAUCUGUUCGUGUUGUUGGUAUCUAUGGAAUGCCCGGCGUGGGAAAGACGGCCUUGCUCAAACACAUCAACAACAAUGAAAAGGUAGUGGAUUUCUUUAAGCUUGUGAUCUGGCUUACUGUGUCCAGAGACUCCAAUGAAUCUGAUCUCCAGAGGCGCAUUUUUGAGAGAAUUGAAUUGCCUUGGCAAUGCAAUUAUAGCAUUGACGAGGCUGCAGGGAAGUUGCAUUCAGUUUUCAAGGAGAAGCCACUGCUGCUCAUUUUGGACGAUGUGUGGAGAAGAAUCGAUGUUUCCAAAUUGGGGAUUUCACUUUUGGAGAACAAAUCAAAAGUUGUGCUGACUUCCAGGGAUAGAGAGGUGUGCAACAGCAUGGAUGUAGACAAAAUGAUUCUAAUGAAGAAACUCUCGGAGGAAGAUGGUUGGGUACUUUUCUGCAGAGGAGCCUUCCGAGCUAGCGCGGAUCAGAAUAUAGAUAGCGAGAUUGAGCCCUUCGCAAAAGGGAUUGCAAAGGAGUGUAAAGGGCAUCCCCUCGCCAUUAAGACACUUGCCCGGACAAUGCCGAAGCUUGACAAGAGUACGCCAUCUCAAUGGAAAUACAUUCUGGACGAGCUAAAGGCGAUUGACCCCCAGUUUUAUCGCAUUCAUGAGGAGAUUCUGAGGGAAUUAUUCAGCCCGCUGAAGCGCAGCUACGAUGCUCUGGAAACAGAUGAGCUGAAGCUUUGUUUCCUGUAUGUGGCCGCUUACAGAGAAGAUGAGGAAAUCGACGCAGAUCAAUUGAUACAAUUGUGGUUGGCCGAAGGCCUAGUGAAAAGCAGAGAGCAGGGUCGCCAUUCUUUUCUCAAGAUCUUGGCCGACCGAUGUUUGGUUGAGAUUGAGGUUAAAGAGGAAAACGGCCUUGAUAUUUGGAAAGUGAAAAUUCACGAUGUGCUAAGAGAUAUGGCGGUACAAAUCGCUGAGGUCGACCGGAAUAUCCUGUUCCGUGCGGGACAGAGUCUAACCGGCAUUCCAGACUCUGCAAGAGCAACAUCGGUGAGGAUAUCACUGAUGCAUAACCAUAUCAGAUAUCUGCCUCAAAAUUUUCAAUGCACGGAGUUGGUGACACUGUUGUUGAGCUGGAACACAGUUGAAGAAAUUCCAGAGGGAUUUCUGGAGAAGCUGAAUAUGUUGAAGGUGCUUGAUCUCAGCAACACGCCCAUCAAAUCCUUGCCAAAGUCCAUCAAGCAACUGCAGAAUCUCCUCUAUCUGCAGCUUUCAAAUACCCAGAUUAAGGUAAUCCCUCAUCAAACAUUUGAGCUGAGUAGACUGCAGUUUUUAGAUCUUUCUUUCUCCCAUCUUAAGAAUAUUCCAUCCGUGAUAAACAAGCUCAAAUUUCUCCGAAUUCUUAAGUUAGCCCACUGUUAUGAUUUGGAGUUAGUUUCACCCGACAUAUCACAGCUCACUAGUUUGGAAGACCUUGACUUGUGGAAGUCAACAAUGUUUGCAUAUUCACGGGAGGUGAGAAUAGGAGGGGAAUUAAGGGAGGCUUCCUUGCAAGACAUCUGCAAACUCCAUAAUCUCAAGCGUCUGCGUCUAUCCCUAAAAUCCCCAAUUGAGGAGAAAACAGUGGGGAACCUGGUAGAGCUUCAAGAACUUUGGCUAGUUUGGAUGCCCCAAGUCCAUCAAACAAAUCUACCCACUGACAUGCGGGCCAUGCACAACCUAGAGAGACUCCACCUGUAUGAUUGCCACAAUGAGGGAACACCUGAUUUAUUCUCAGGAUUAAAAAAUCUCAAGUACUUAAAGCUGAACUCUUCUCAAAUACUACUCAAUCUUUCCGGAUUAGGGUUAGGCAUACUAUCCAAUUUGAAGGAAAUAGAGAUUGAGAAAUGCCUUCAGCUCAAACAGUUGGGAGAUGAAUUCGGGAGGGAAGGUUGCUUUCCAAAGCUGCGCAAGCUCAAACUGUGGAUGUUACCUUCUCUGGAGAGUCUGUGUAGUUCCGUCGAACAAGGGGCUCUUCCCAUGUUGCAGACUUUAACUUUAUUCCGUUGUAUGAAAGUUAAAGUACUGCCAUUGGGUCUUCAUAAUAUCAAGUCUCUGAUACAGAUCAAAGCAGAGAAGGAAUGGUGGAAUGAAAUUAGCUGGAAAAAUGAAGAGAUGAAGAUUCAUCUUCAUACUAAGUACGCGGAAAUCGUAGAAGUCCAUGAAAAUUAUCAUGUUUAACCCAAAAUUUUCCAGUAAGUAAUUGCUUGUACGAAUUAUAAGUUGUUUAUUUUGCAAAGUAUUGCUUGUGUGCAAUAAUGUAAUUAAGGACUUUAUGCUGCAAAAAGCUGGAAGCUGGAUAUUGUGAUUA